GAGUUCAUUCUAUCAAGAAAACAACAUCUAUGCUAAAAUCUGGCCAGGACUCUCAAUUGAAACAAUGGACGGUUGAGCUCAGAAUAUAUGUCAAGAUCUCAGCUCUUCUUGGAUUCGCCUGGUUAUUUGGGUUCUUAGCUAUGGUCAUCAGAGUCCCCUUCAUGGACUAUCUCUUCAUCAUCGUCAUCAGUCUCCAAGGCGUCUUCAUUUUCAUUUCAUUCGGUGCCAACAAACGAGUCAAGAAACUCUGGCGAACAUUUUCGCAGAACUCAACGCUGUGGACGACUCUUUCUCGAAGAGAGCAUUCAAGCGGUCGUAGUAAUACUGGAACACAGGAUGGACGCACACAAUGUAGUGAGAAACAUUAGACACUAUAAAUAUAAAUGGAAGGAAGAAAGCGCAGAUACUUAUCAUAAGUUGCUAGAAGGGAAGGGGUAGUAAAACUCCGGCUGCAGUUCCCACUCGUCAACAGAGAGAGAGAGAGAGAGAGCCUUGAAUGGGUGGGUGAGGGGGAGAGAGGUCUAUUAAGAGCCAUUAAAUCACUAAGCUGCGACUGUUAGCGCAACACUCGAACGGCAUUCGCAAGGGAGUUUCCCAAUUAUCUCGAAACUUUCGUGGGGUUCUAUAGUUCUCAAUUACCUCGCGUGACUAGCCGGUCCUUCCUCUCGUGUUGCUGGAAUUUUAAACUAAAUUUUCUCUCAAAAUAGUCACAGAGUCGUCGCGUAUGUCUCGAACCCUUCUCAAUAGGUCAUUUUCGUAAUGUGUAUGCAUGUGCAUUAGUAAAGCGCCUAGAUACGAAUAAAUGUAUCUCAAUAGUCACGUUUCAAAUUGCAUUUAUUCGUUCUUGCUAGGUAAGACAAACAUGACUAGCCCUACCUACCAACAUGUUAUAUAUGUUAUUUGCAUUCUGACUAAUGAAUUAACAAUGGAUGCCCCCCUCCACAAAUUUUAUUUUUCGUUAUAGAAAGUGAUAGUGGGAUGGAAAGGUACACUAAAUUAUAUAUUUUUUUACUAAUAUUUUACAAAUUGUUACUACCCUUGUAUAUAAAUUGAAAUAUAAUUGAUUUUUUGUUGUUGCCUAAAUACAACUUGGCAAUGCUAUUUUAUCGUAUCAAAAAAUGUUUUAAUAUUUAGAAAACACGUAUUAAAGUUAUACCCCUUAACAAAAAAGUCUAAAUAAAUUUAAAUUUGUUAACUAUAUUU